AUGCCUCACACCAAAGAUGCGGACAGCGCAUCGUCCACGGGCGGCCAAUCAAAACGACCUCCGCUCAACCAUCAGGAGAGUGAUUCGCAGAGCGAGAGCAGCGGCGUACACAGCCAACACCAACAUCAGCAACCUCGCCGACACGUUCGUCAUCACCAGCGACAGCACACUGUUGGUCACCUGCAUCACGCCCGAGGCCCUGGUUCCAAGACUGCACCUAAACAACCAAAGCUCAGCCGUCGUCAUACCGAUACCCCCGAUCAGAUCGAGCAGCAGCAGCUUCUUCAAAGAAACGCUGCAGCCGCAGCCGCCAAUUCGCAUCGACGAGCUGCCAGCGACGCCAAGCUAUCUUCGCGCGACUCCUCCUCGGGCAAUCUCGUAAAAAGCGCGUCACAAACGAAGCUGGUCAAGAAUUCCCCGCAACCAAAGAUCGUCAAGAGCCCAUCUCACUCCAAGCUCAAGCGCAAUCGCUCACAUACGGAAAUCGGCAAGAGAACCCGAUCUGCGGAACUCAAGCGCGCAUCCAGUACAACAAUUGUCUACCAGCCUCAAACCUCUGGCGGCAAGUCGCAGGUGCAUUUUGAUUUGGGCAACGAGGAGGACGAAUGGGUUGAUGCCAGCGGUUCUAACUCGCCCUAUCUCUCCCGCAAGGGGUCCCUCAACAGCAGCAAUCACUCUGUCCACCCCGACGACCGCUCGAGACCGGUGACACCCAACGACGCUGCCGCCUACAAGCAGGCCGAACGGGAACAAGAAGAACCAGAGCAGCAAAACUCAACUAGCCCAGAAAGGGAGACGGCGCAUCGCAAGGAGUAUCUCACAUCCCGCAUUCUUAAGCGCACUCCGUCCCACGGAGCUCCACCCCAGAUGAGCGCCGACCUAGCGCAGAUCUCCCCUCGGCACUUUGCUCCAGCUUCUGCUGAAACCCCUGGGUCGGGUACUCUUGCGGGAAGCAAUACGGAUGAGUUAACAUCCCGGUUCGUCGAGGCUGUUGGUUCAGGGUUGACUAGUGAUGGAUCCUUCUACCGACCGCGUCGAGGCGACUUUCCUCGGUACGAUGAAACUCCUCACAAGGCCCGCUCCGUUACCAGCUUGAAAGGCGAUCGCGAAGAGCGUCGAGAGCCACCUACCAGCACGCCAAAGGAAGAAAUCGACGUGAGCGCUCUUGCGCCCAAGGCAGCGCGACGCACAGCACCGCCUACUGCCCAGACAUCACGGACACAGCAGAAGCUGAACUUACAACGAGCCAGCUCUGUUAUUGAACCCGGGCAAGCAGGCAGUGGUGUUGGAGGUGUAGUCGGCCAUACGCCACUUAUUGGUGUCGGCGGACCAGGCUAUGAUGGCGGUAACAGUCGAGAUCCCCGUGUCGGUAAGCUCUUGGAACGAACCGGUAUGGAAUAUCUUGUCGUUCGACGGUAUCAAAACCCCGUCUCACGUUCACUUGAACGUCUUAACCAUCUCCCGGGUAUGGAAAAGUCAUUGCGCAUUCCACGACCUUACUCGGCCUCUACAAACGGCAAGCGAUCCGGAGAUCUCAUGAUGCGCCAGCACACUCGCAACGUCAGCAUGCCCGAUGCUCGACGGCCUGUUACACCAAAGCGAGCUGCCUCGGUUCGCACCAAUGGUGCAGGAUCGAGCUACGACGGAAACGACGACGACGGAAGGUUGACGGAUAGACUAAGUGGAUCGAGCCUUGUCGGCGGUGAAGAAGAAGACGGGACGACUGCCCUGCUCAGGAACUUGUGGGAAAAGUCCGCGGAGUUGAGUGCCAGCACAGACUAG